AUGUCAGCGUCGAAAGUCACUGAAGGCUCACUUACUACUUGUCUUCCACCAUCCAUGUCUUUCCUAGCUCAGACGAUGCCUCCCUUCGAUUUCGGCUGGGAUAGUACCCUCCCCAAGAACGAGAAUGGCCCGGUCGAGUCACCAGCUCAGGCCGCUUCCCUCGACGCUUCAGAGCUUUUUAAACAGCAACGAUACGGACUGAUGUACUUAUUCUGCUAUCUUCCCGCCGAGGUUGGGUACCGCUAUCGCGCUCACGAGUGUGCACAAGAGAGCUGGGCUUUCCGGCACGUGGUAUAUUCUCUCCGCCUCACGUCGCGGUCGACGAAAGCGGUACGAGCUGGCGCAGCAAAGAAAAAUGUUGAUGACAUGUUGGAAUAUGGGCUACGGCUCAGCACAGGCGUGGGCGGCCUUCCUCGCGACGCAGCCAAGGCCAUGUCCAUUUUCAAGGAAGUUAUGACAGGGAAGUUCCCUGAAGGCAAACGCGGCCUCGCAGCCAGCCUCGCCGCAUUCCUGGCAUACUUUCGCAACGAGAAGAAGUAUUACGCUACUGAUGCCACAGCUGCUGCUGCAGACGUGAUCGAGGCUGUGGAGCUGUGCCACACCAGCUGCCAGCAUGGCCACUAUGCCUUUAUUUCUGUCGCCGUGGUCGUCGUCUUCAUAGUACUGCUGGAUAUUGUGUUGACGGGAGAGAUGUUGAAUCGGCCGAAAAUCGGCUAUCUCUUCUCUCUGUACUAUGGGUUCCAGGCGGAAACUGGAUUUCAGCCUUGGAAUUCAAGAUAUUGCGCCGCAUGUGGAACUAGACGUCGCUCGUUCGAACUCCAGAAGUGUUCCGGACGCUGCGGUCUGUCAAGCAAGCCCGUCUACUGUGAUCGACAUUGUCAAAAGGCCGACUGGAAGAACCACCGAAAGUGGUGCAUUCUCCCGACAGCCGCAGAAGAUGAGCUCGUUAAGGAUCUUGGGCUUUACUCUAUUAUUCACCUUCGGGAACCGCGGUUACAAGUGUAG